GGGCAGGGGGCGGGCAGAGGGCGGUCCCGGCCGGGGCAGGCCGUUUCUCCUUCCUCCGGGCGCCGUCCCUGGCGGCCGUCUCGCCGAGAGUGUUGGAGCAGAACCACGGAACAAAAGCAGGCGUUGCACCUUCACGUGUCAGCAAGUUUGCAGUUGGAUGGGUAAAGUUUAAUUUGAAGCCUCCUUGCCUGCACGGAAGCAGAGAGACACGUUAGAAAAUGAAAGACAUGGGCUUCAGCCUGCCUUUUCACCUUUCCUACAAGUUCCGCUUACUGGUGCUUUUCACCUUGUGCCUGACCGUGCUUGGGUGGGCCACCAGUAACUACUUCGUGAGUGUUAUUCAAGAGAUUCCCAAAGCAAAGAUCUUCGUGGUUGAUUUCAAUCAAGCUGUAGAUUUGGAGGAAAAGGAAGCACUUGCCAGUGAAGCAUCCAGGAAAAAAGCGGAGCUUGGCAAUUGCCCUUUGGUGCCUCCAAACCUCAGGGGCCAGAGCAAGCUUGUUUUCAAACCAGACCUCACACUGGAAGAAGUCCAAGCAAAAAAUCCCAAGGUGUCCAGAGGCCAGUAUCACCCUGAGGAAUGUAAGGCUUUGCAGCGGGUCGCCAUCCUCAUCCCCCACCGGAACAGAGAGAAACACCUGAUGUACCUGCUGGAACAUCUGCACCCCUUCCUGCAGAGGCAGCAGCUGGAGUAUGGCAUCUAUGUCAUCCAUCAGGCUGGAGCUAAAAAGUUUAAUCGAGCCAAACUCUUGAAUGUGGGCUAUCUCGAAGCUCUCAGGGAAAAGAAUUGGGACUGCUUUAUAUUCCACGACGUGGACCUGGUGCCUGAGAAUGACUUCAACCUUUACAUGUGUGAGGACCAGCCCAAACACCUGGUGGUUGGCAGGAACAGCACAGGGUACAGGUUACGUUACAGUGGAUAUUUUGGGGGUGUUACUGCCCUAAGCAGAGAGCAAUUUUUCAAGGUGAAUGGAUUCUCUAACAACUACUGGGGAUGGGGAGGCGAAGACGAUGACCUCAGACUCAGGGUUGAGCUACACAGAAUGAAAAUAUCCCGGCCAAAGCCUGAAGUGGGUAAAUACACAAUGAUCUUCCAUACCAGAGACCGAGGCAAUGAAGUGAACAUGGAGAGGAUGAAGCUCUUGCACCAGGUGUCACGGGUCUGGAAAACAGACGGCCUGACGAGUUGUUCUUACAAAUUACUGUCUGUGGAACACAAUCCUUUAUAUGUCAACAUCACAGUGGAUUUCUGGACUGGUGCAUGACCCUCACUCUUUUGGUAUUUGAGAAACUGAUUGCAAUCAUUUCGGCCUAGAGAUGUUCCCGAGUAGCACACAUUAUGAACUUGUGGCAGCCAGUUACUGAGCUGAAUGUUUCCUUUUGUAUUUUCUUAGCAGAGCUCCUGAUGAUGUGGAAUGUAAAACUAUUGUACCAAGACAGGUGUCUUAGUUGUUUUGAUCAGUUAGGAUUAAAUAUUGUAAUACACACUUGAAGGACAGUAUAAAAAGCACUUAGAAGAUAUCAUGAAGGCUACCUAAAAGCUGUGAUUGAAAGAGAUUUAUUUAAGUUGAAGUGAUGCAUUCUGAGUUAAAAGCUCAUAGAAAAUGGGAUUGCUGAAUGUCUCAGUGAACUGAAAUUGUUCUCACCCAACCAAGAAAGGUACGAAGAUGUGUUUCUGUUACUCAUUUAUCCUGCUUGGGAAUCUGUGACAUGUCGGUCCUGGAUGACAAGGAAGAGGCCACGGAAGACGCCAUGAACUUAGGAGUGAAGAGGUGAUGGGGCAGAGAGUCAGAUGGUGGCCUCUGUGGCCCUGCUGGCCCUCGGAGUGGGCCCAGAUUUACCUUCCAGUGCUCGCCGAGCAGACAGCACAUUAGCUACUAGUUUUUAAAGCAUUUUGUAGAAUGAUUUUAUACAUAUUGGAUAUGUUGUAGAAGUUUACAGAUUACAUAGAAUUAAUAAUACAUCUAUAAAAGAACCUCUGUAGUAAAAUAUGAAAAAGC